ACGUCCGAGCCGUAAGAGGUGAAUUAACUAAUUAAUAAGUGCUUGCUCGUUUAAAACUAAGUCAAAAGUCGAUAGCUGAAAGCCCAAGGAUUACGCAUAUUUUCGAAAUUCGCUUAAAAUCCCAGGCACAAAAGCCAUUGUUAGCAACUUUUGAGGGGCAUAUCGAACUGUGUGGCGUAUUUUAUUAGUUUUGUGAAGUAACCCAAAAAAAAAAAUCAAACAAAAUGUCGACAGUCGAUAAGGAAGAGCUGGUCCAGAAGGCUAAACUGGCCGAGCAGUCAGAACGUUACGAUGACAUGGCCCAGGCCAUGAAGUCCGUCACAGAGACUGGCGUUGAGCUCUCAAAUGAGGAAAGAAAUCUGCUCUCCGUUGCCUACAAAAAUGUGGUCGGUGCCCGCAGGUCAUCGUGGCGUGUCAUCUCCUCCAUUGAGCAGAAAACCGAAGCAUCCGCUAGAAAACAGCAGCUCGCCCGUGAGUACAGAGAGCGUGUGGAGAAGGAGCUGAGGGAAAUCUGCUACGAAGUUUUGGGACUUCUGGACAAAUACCUUAUUCCAAAAGCCAGCAAUCCCGAGAGCAAGGUGUUCUACCUGAAGAUGAAGGGUGAUUACUACAGGUAUUUAGCCGAGGUUGCCACAGGAGACGCACGCAACACCGUUGUCGAUGACUCGCAAACCGCUUACCAGGAUGCAUUUGACAUUAGCAAGGGUAAAAUGCAGCCAACACAUCCCAUCCGUUUGGGUCUGGCCCUUAACUUCUCAGUCUUCUACUAUGAGAUUUUGAACUCACCAGACAAAGCUUGCCAAUUGGCUAAACAGGCGUUCGAUAUUGCAAAAACCAAAAUGCAGCCCACACAUCCAAUCAGAUUAGGUCUUGCUCUCAACUUUUCCGUCUUCUAUUACGAAAUUAUCAAUUCACCAGCGAGGGCUUGUCACUUAGCUAAACAGGCGUUCGAUGAUGCGAUAGCCGAGCUGGACACACUGAACGAGGACUCCUACAAGGACUCGACACUCAUCAUGCAGCUGUUGAGGGACAACCUGACUCUCUGGACGUCCGACACCCAAGGCGACGAAGCUGAGCCACAGGAGGGCGGCGACAACUAACCAAACAACUAAGCAAAUGUUUCCUUUUUGACUAUGCAAAUAUUAUUCAGUAAUACAAACAAACAAAAACCAGAAACAACAAAGAGAAACAAAUAUUAUAAAACGCAACCAGCAAAGCAAAACAAUUUGAAAUGAAACGAUAAUCCAGGCGAGAGCAGCAGGCAGGCAAAAAGCGCAAACAUUUGAGACAUUAACAUACGAAUUGAGGGCAGAAUGCUUCACAGUUCAUUUGGGGCCGAUGGGCCUGCAUUUGAGGCCGUUUUCCCGUUUGUCACGGGUAGUUUUUAGCCGGGCUCCGGUUGCAACCGAACCUAGUAUACAGAUGGUCAUAUGCUUGGACAGAUGCCGGCCAAUCCGACUCAAAUGUAGCUUAAGAUCUGCAACUGCUUAAGAAAUACAGAAAAAUACAGCAUCGCUGUGAGGGCUAAACAAAUGCGGACUAUUAGGGAGUUUGGUAUGAUUUUUCCGGAUUUUGAAUCAAAUUAAUCUAGCAGAUAAUUCGUAAUUGUGUGUGUUUUUUCCCGAUCGAAACGGCCAAACUCUAGAUGCUCCGAAUUUGUUCGCCCUGGCGGUGCCUCGUGUGGAUUUCCUCCUUACAAAACAAACAAACAAAUAAAUAAUAUUCCUAACUGUAUACACAAGAAA